AUGCAAUUAGUAGGUCCACCAAUUCUCCGAGGAUGUCUUUUAUCACUAUCCCUUCCUGCCGGAAAACCACCAAUUCCUCCCACAAAACCGCCUUUAACAAUCCCUCAAAACCCUUGUGCCCAAUUCUUCUUUGCUGUAAACCCGGAAACACCACCGGAAACCCUGAUAAGUUUGCUAAAAAAGUCUUGGGAGUAUGAUCAUUUAACCACAUUAAAACUCAUAUGUUACCUAAAAGUGUCCUAUACUGAAGGGUUUUAUGUAGCAGCCAUUUGGCUUCACAAAAACCACCCAUUAACCCUUGCUUGUAAUCUGAGGGAAUUCGCUAGUAUCGGGUCAUUGAGGGAUUUUCCUGAGAUCUUGCAUAGGCUUGUCAAUGAAGAUGGGAAUGCAGAGAAUGAGAAGAUGAAGAUAGCAAAGAGAGCGGUGUGUAAAUAUGUACAGGAUCCAACUUACCGCUUCCUCCAUGAACGCGUAUCUGAUCUCUUUGCAGAUCUCUUACGAUCAGAUAUCGUAACACAUCAGUCUGGCGGUGCCGGUGCCGGUGCCGAUACACUGAGCUUUGCAGCAAGAGAUUGCCCGUCGCUUGGUUCCUCACGUGACAGGCACACGCUAUUGUGCGAGAGCAUUGCCAAGAAGGUUUUUCCUCGGGAAUCAGACCUGAAUUAUCAUGGCAUUGAAGAUGUUCAUUAUGCUUAUCGGGUUCGGGAUAGACUAAGGAAAGAGGUUCUAGGACCGCUAAGAAGGGUAUUAGAAAAAGAAAUGCAAGAAAAAAAGCAAGUUCAAGUCCAAGAUUGUACCUUGAUGUUUAUGAAGAAGGCGUACUUGAAGAUGUUGAAGAUGUUGAAGAUGAAAGACACUGCAAAUGCAAGCAAGCUGCAGGAAUAUUACCAGAUAAUACUGUCAAUGAUUCUUAAGGCUAAUGGUAAAAAACUGAGGUGUUUCCCUUCAACUCCGUUUAGUGUAAUAGCUUCUUUACAAGAAAGAACAUUGGAGUGA